AUGUCUAAGGAGGAGGACAUUCUUGGGCUCAUCGAGCUGCAAUACGACCGGCAGCACCGCAUGGAGCGGCUGCUGGACAAUGCACGCAAGUCCGGUCAACUGAAGUCAGUUGGCGGGUUGACGUCUCGUUUGCAGGUUCUCGACACGUACUGGGCUCAGUUCCAGGAUGAUCAUCGCACGAUCCGAGCGUCUCGCCUCAAGACCGUGCGAGAGUCGGACUACGUGCGACAGGAUGCCUGUGGCACGGUGCAGGAAGUCUACAUUGCGCAGCGCGCAGAAAUCCAAACCCUGCUCGAUGGGUUGAAGGUUCAGGAGGCUGAGUCGGCUGCUCACGCAGUCCCCGCGCAGGCAGUAGUGCCCGAGGCUUCGUUGCCUCGCAUUCCCAUUCCGAAGUUCGAAGGGAAGUUUGACGAAUGGCGCAAUUUUAAGGAUCUCUUCGAGUCCUUAAUAGUCGAUAACCCGUCGUUAGCAUCAGUUCACCGGAUGCAUUAUUUAAAACAGAGCGUGUCGGGAGAGCCCGAACGUCUGCUCCGGCACUACGGCGUCGCUACUGGCUCGUUUGAGCAAGCGUGGGAAGCGCUAUGUGCACGGUACGAUAACCGUCGUUUGCUUGUGGACCAGCAUCUCGACGCUUUCCGGGAUAUUGGCCCGAUGCGUCAGGAGAGCGUCUCCGAGGUUCGGAGGCUGUUGGAUCGAGCCAGCGAGCUGCGGGCCGCUUUGCGCCUUCUUGACCAGCCAGUGGACGCUUGGGACGUGAUAUUGGUCAAUAUCCUCCGUUCCAAGCUAGACUCUGCAACGCGGCGGGCCUGGGAGAUGGCCACCGCGGACCGGCGCGAGCCAGUGAGCUGGGACCGACUGGCAGUCUUCCUGGACGAGCGUCGGGUGGCGCUCGAGGCGGUUGCCGCGGCUCCGUCCAUUGGGGACGGCCCCCGUGCCUCAUCGGCAUCCGAGCGGACUAGUCGACGAUCGCUACAUCUUCAUCGGCCCAAGCCGACCCGUUGCGCUGAGUGCGGUUCUGAGCAUGGACUCAGAGAGUGUACGGCCUUUAAAGAUCGGCCGGUCUCUUCGCGACGGGCAAGGGCGGCCACUUGCCCGUCUAAGGGUCGAUGUCGGAAGUGCGGAGAGCCGCACCAAUCACUUCUGCACUCCGCUCGGCAGUCUCCGGCCCCGGCGUUGGGGAAAGCGCCGGUCACGGCGCAUGCUGCGACGCGGAUGCCCGCGCAGCGAAUUCUUUUGGCCACAGCCAGGGUUUGUCUGAUGGCGUCCGAUGGCCGAUCCGCUGUGGCUCGAGCGCUCAUUGACCAGGGCUCUGAGGUGAGCCUGGUGUCCGAGGCGCUUGCGCAGCGGCUGCGCGCGUCUCGUCGAUCACUGGAUGUUGGGCUGUCGGGCGUCUCAGAGGGACCCCCUCAACGGGUGCGGACCAGCACGUCAUUGCGGCUCAGGGCAACUGCUGGCCUCCCGUUCUCCACCACGGUGGAGGCCCUCAUUCUACCAAGGCUUACGGCGUACUACCCUCCGCAGAGGGCUCGGCUGACGGGGAAGUGGUCGCAUUUGAGGAACCUCCGUUUGGCGGAUGAUCAUGAUGAUGACGAGCGCAUCGAGGCGAUACUUGGAGCGGAGGUAUUCGCCGAGAUCGUGUUGACGGGGCUUCGCCGGGGGCCACGGGGAGCUCCCAUCGCGCAGCGUACCCGCUUGGGGUGGGUGUUGUUCGGGGCUCUCCCGUCUGCCGCCGGAGCGGGCGGCUCUCAUUGUCAUGUGGUGCAGUGUGCGUCGGACAACAUGGCGGAUCUCUUGCGGCGCUUCUGGGAGGUGGAGGAGAUUCCGGUUGCUUCCCAGCUCUCUGAGGAGGAACGGGCUUGUGAAGAGUUUUUCGCGGCGUCCUUUCGGCGUCGUGCGGACGGCCGCUAUCAGGUGCGGUUGCCUUUCAGGAGCCCUCCGACUGAGCUGCCUCUCGGCGACACUCGGCGGAUUGCCACUGCCUCGUUGCAUCGCUUGGAGCGGCGACUGCUUCGGCAGCCUUCCUUGGGCGGGGCCUAUCGCGACUUUCUUGAUGACUAUGAACGACAGGGGCAUAUGAUCCGCCUGCCGCUCAAUGUCGAGACCCCGCGGCCCUCUUACUUUAUUCCACAUCACCCGGUGAUUAAACAAGCCCCCGAGCUUAAGGUAAGAGUGGUGUUCAACGCCUCGCAGGCGUCCACCAAUGGCCGGUCGUUGAACGACUUGGUGCACGUGGGGCCGCGCUUACAGCGAGAACUGGGCGAGAUUCUACUUGCCUGGCGCAUGCAUCGAGUGGCCUUCUCUGCAGACAUCGAGCAAAUGUUUCGUCAAGUGCGGGUGGCUCCGGAGGAUCAACACCUCCAACAGAUUCUCUGGCGAGACAGCCAGACGCAGGCAAUAUCGGUGUACCGGUUGACCACGGUCACCUAUGGCAUGGCGUGCGCUCCUUAUCUGGCCAUCCGCACGCUGCACCAGCUGGCGCUGGAUGAGCGGGAACGUUAUCCCCGGGCAGCAGACUUACUUUGUCGACAAACCUACGCCGACGAUAUUCUUGCGGGGGCAGAUGACCUUGGGGAGGCACGCCAUCGACAGCGUGAGCUGAGCAGCUUGCUCAUGGCGGGCGGGUUCCGACUCAGGAAGUGGGCGGUCUCACAUCCGGAACUCUUGUCCGGUAUCCCGGGGGGGGACCGCGAGCCCUUGGUGCCUCUGCCGGACCCUGGGGCCGUGGGGGCAUCUGUGCUGGGGGUCGGUUGGAUUCCGGUCGAGGAUGCCUUCUACUUUUCGGUCAACCCCGGGGCUCCAUCGACCAUCUCGAAGCGUGGUAUCUUGUCAGUCGUUGCGCGAUUAUACGACCCCCUGGGCUGGUUAGGGCCUAUGGUAGUACUGGCGAAGAUACUCCUUCAGGACUUGUGGUUGGCCGGGCUCGGUUGGGACGAGGCUCUCCCUUCUCCGCUCUCGCGUUGGGACGCCUUUAGCACCGGGCUCGCGGAGGUUUCCGCAAUCCGAGUUCCUCGUUGGACCGGAUGGUCGCCUGAAGUGGAGAUCCAGCUUUACGGCUUCUCGGACGCCUCGGAGCGGGCGUACGCCGCCGUCAUCUACUUACGGGCUCGACGGUCUGAUGGGACCACCCGUGUCGCUCUAUUGGCGUCCAAGACCAGGGUCGCCCCACUAAAGCGGGUAUCGUUGCCCCGCCUGGAGCUGUGCGGUGCGCAGCUACUCUCGCGCCUCAUGAAGGCCAUUGUGGAGGCGCUCGGUUGUGCCGAGGCCCCCCUGGUUUGUUGGACCGACUCCUCUGUCACGCUCCAUUGGAUAACAGGGCAUCCAUCUCGAUGGACCACCUUUGUCGCCAAUCGCGUCUCGUACAUUCACGAGAGCCUUCCGCGGGCCUCGUGGCGGCAUGUCCCGUCCGGCGACAAUCCCGCGGAUUGCGCCUCCCGGGGUUUGUUGGCCGGCGGGCUACGAGAACACGCCCUUUGGUGGCGUGGCCUCUCCUGGCUUGUCGAGGACCCGGCGGGCUGGCCGGGUCUAACUUGUGUCGCGGUCGACCGAAGCAUUUGCGAGGAACGGCGCAUGGUUCACGUGGUGGCCGUGAACCCGGAGGACUGGUCCGGUGUCCUCCGAGCAUGCUCCUUCCGCAAGACCAUCCGCGUGAUGGCCUAUAUGCGACGAUUCCUGCGAGUCCCACGGAUCAGUGGACCCUUAACGGCGGACGAGCUGAGUGAAGCUCGACUGCGCCUGCUGCGGAUUACGCAGCACCGCUUCUUCGCGGAGGAGUUGGGCCGUCUGAAGCGGGGGGGAGCAUUGAUGGUGGGAUCGGCAUUGCGGCCACUCAAUCCCAUGAUGGACGAGCGGGGCCUCUUGCGGGUGGGGGGCCGCCUGCAAUUCUCAGCGUUACCGAUCGAUGCGCGGCAGCCAGUCCUGCUGCCGCGACGCUCUCGGCUCGCGACUCUCGUUGUGCGAGAUGCGCACGAACGCACGCUGCACGGGGGAGUGCAGCUUACGUUGCUCACCGUGAGGCGCGAAUUCUGGAUUCCAGCUGGGCGCUCUUUAGUGCGCCAGGUGAUACGGGGCUGUGUGCGCUGCACACGCCAUAAAGGCACCCCGAUCACCCCGUUCAUGGCUCCGCUGCCUCGCGAUCGGGUGUUGCCCCAUCCUCCGUUCUCUGCCACCGGGGUGGAUUAUGCUGGACCGGUCGCGGUGCGUCCGUCUCGAGGACGCGGACGUACCACCUCCAAGGGAUAUAUUGCUGUCUUCGUCUGCUUCAGCACGUGCGCAGUCCACUUGGAGGUGGUCAGUGACUAUUCGGCCCCGACCUUCUUAGCGGCCUUUCAUCGUUUCGCGGCCCGGCAGGGCCUGCCGGUUACCGUAUACAGCGAUAGGGGGACUACAUUCGUGGGUGCGGACCGCGAGCUGCGAGGGCAAUUUGAGGCGGUCAUGGCGUUGGGGGGACCGGUCGCGGCCUCCUUGAGUAACCAGGGCACCACCUGGAAGUUCAUGCCUCCUUCAGCUCCGCAUUUCGGCGGACUGUGGGAGGCAGGAGUGCGGUCCGUCAAAUACCACCUGCGACGGGUAAUAGGAGAGCAGGCACUGACCUUUGAGGAGUUCGCCACUCUUCUAGCUCGCAUUGAGGCCUGUCUCAACUCCAGGCCAUUGUGUCCGUUGACGGACGACCCACAGGACUUGGAGUCCCUGACACCUGGACACUUCCUGAUUAGGCGCCCGCUGUUGUGUCCGCCUGAGCGAUCCCUCGGGGACGUUCAGGUCGCGAGGUUGAGUCGCUGGCAGCUGCUCCAGCAUAUGACGGAGCAUCUUUGGGAGCGAUGGUCUAGAGAAUAUCUAGCCCAGCUGCAGGUCCGGGGCAAGUGGCUCGUCGCUUCUCGUCCGUUGGACAUCGGCGACCUCGUGAUUUUGGCGGAUAGCCGAUUUCCUCCUACUCGGUGGCCUCUCGGCCGCAUCACCGGCUUGUUGCCUGGCCCGGAUAGGCACGUCCGCGUGGCGCAGGUGCGCACAGCGGACUCGACCUUGACCCGGCCACUGGUCAAGCUGGUGAGGCUCCCUGUGGAUCCGAAAGGGGCUCAUCCCAAUCAACCUUCAACAUGA